AUGACGCUGCGCGUCUUUCAGAACAUGGGGAACCUCAGCACGUCACAGAAACGGGGCUUCAAUACUCUCACCAUUUUGUUUUCGGGUCUGAUAGGUGUAACGCUAGGCUCCUUGCUGGGAUUGCUGGGCGGCAUGCUGCGAUGGCGUUUACUGGCAAGGAAGAAACAUACGCCACUUGAUGUCAGUCUCUCCUACCAGUACCACAUAUUCAAUUCUCUUUUUGUUCCCGUCUUUGUCGAUCUUCUCCUGGGCAUGCAGAAUCCUACCGGAUCGCUGAAGCUUGCCUGGGACCACGUUUGGAGCGGACGGUUGUCAAGGACGACUCUGGCCGUAGCCGCGUAUCUCUUCGUCAACAUUAUCGGCCGUUUGGGGAUUUCCGCUCUUGGGUUGGCCUACAGCUUAAACGAGAUCCCUGGUAUUAUUUAUCCCGUCCAAUUGACGAAUUGGAGUUCCACCCGGUGGUUUGAGAUCAAGAACGCAAGCACGUUAAAUUCGUUCGAAAGUUCUGGCAACUUCCCCUGGGAGCAUGAUGUCAUGGUAGAUGCCAUGGGAGUGUCCAAACCGGGCGGUGGAUUAACCUUGCAACAGCUGGUUUGA